AUGUCCAACGGAGGCCCAACCCACGACAUCCCAAAUGACCAAGGCUCUCAAAAGGAGCGUCUCUUUGACCCAACCGCCACUCCCCUUCGUUUCGCUACUCAUAAAGUCAACAUGGCGACCCCCAACAACAACCAGGACCGGCGGGGCGUCGAGCAAUGGCAACUCGAUAGUACAAAUGCCCAACAUGAAGAGAUGGUCUCUCAUAUCCACCACCAACAGGAAGAGAUCGAUGAUCUCAAGGACCGCAUCGCUCGCAUCGACGCAGUACAGGAGGAUACUGUUGAGAAACCAGCUACUACGGAACAAGAAAUAGUUCGUGACAGAAGCUCGUCUUAUAAGAUCUUGAGCUUCUUGUGGCUCAUCUACAAGCUUCUUCUUCUCUUGGCCAUUAUUCUCGGGAUUCUCUAUCUGGUCAAGUACCAUAUCUACGAUGACUGGAACUAUGUGGGAUACUUUUUGGACCUCCUCGACAUCGACUACCCGCAUUUCUUCUAA